AUGAUUAACCGGCCCCGGCUGCGCUCCCGCCGCCCGCGCGGGGCCACGCGGGGCUCGGGGGCCGGAGCGGGGCCGGGCCCCGAACGGCGGCAGUUCGGACCCGCGGGCACCGGCGCGUCUCCGCGGAUGGACGGUGACCCAGCAGGCCCCGCAGCGCGGGGAGCGGAGCAGGGGGAUGGCAGCGGGGCGGCCGGGGGGAUGCCCACCCCCGGCACCCGCAGCGACACCCCCGCGGGCCAUGGGGACAGGCCCGUGGAGGUGUCGGUGGUCACCAACUCAGCCUUCGAGGGGGCUCCUCCACCCUACUCCCCCCCCGACCCCAAGAGCUUUCACCUCCUCUACCCGCCGUUCCCAGCCGGCUUCUCCCAGCAAGGACCCGUCAUUUACCAGCCGGGGCCGGGACCAGACCCGGGCUUCCCACCCGAAUCCCUGCCCUACCCCACGUACAACGCCCAGCCGGGCGCGGCGCCGUUGCCCGCCGGGCGCGGGCAGCAGUUGCCCAAGGACUACAUGGUGGAGUCAGUGCUGGUGACCCUCUUCUGCUGCCUGCUGACCGGGGUCAUGGCCCUCGUCUACUCCUAUGAGACCCGGACUGCGCUCGCCCACGGGGACGUGGCCCAGGCGUACGUGGCAUCCAGAAAGGCUCAGUCACUGGUCCUCUUCAGCCUCCUCUUCGGGCUGUUCGCCUCCAUCACCUGGAUCAUCUACGUCCUGGUGUCCCUGUACCUGUGA